GAGCCUAGUACGGCAGACUGUUCUAGCGUUCUGUCGAAAACUCGGAGUGCCCUAGAACUUUUCGGAACGAUAUGUUCAGCGCCCAAUGAAAUCUUCUGAGGCUCUCACAGCAUGGUCUACUUGUGGGUCUUCGGGUGCACAGUUAUCUUUCUCGAACAAACAUCCGCGAGCAUUCUCUGCUCGCGGUGCCCGACCCGAGUGUCCAGACAAGACGGGUGGCUUAUUCAUCAACACGUGGAGUUGAGCAACGUCAUCGCUCGACUUUCAUAUUCCCACCAUGUUCCAGGUGCCGGAGAGUGUCAAUGGUACUUCUCAGUGGACAGACUGGUGGUGCUUUGCAGCGUGCUUGCCAGACCAGAGGACUGUGAUGUUCAGCAAGCCGAAACCUAUCUCAUGGGAUUCCUUGGCUAUUCUGUCUGGUCGUUAGACAGCUUGGGCAACCUGUACCACCGUUGUGCGGCCAUAUCAAACGAGGUCUCCAAAACCUGCACCACGAGCCACACCUUGGCUGUCAUCGUUUACCGGAGCUUGUAAUUCUUCUUGACUGCGUAGUCCUUGCGGCGAGCCGAAGAUCAUGCACGUGUUCGCAAACAGCACAGCAAAAUGCACGUUCAAUCAUCAUGCGAAGGGAAGU